UAAGGUUGGACGGUUGAGAUAAUAGUGUGGAUAAUCAACGGUGAGGAGCAGUUAAAGUGGAGGACGGAGGUGGCGACGGGAGAAGCAGAAGGUGAGAGAGAGUUCAAAAUUUUGAAACGGAGGUGGGAAUCAAAGAUAGAUGUAGCCUAGUGCAGAUGGAGAGUCAUUCAGACGCUGAGAGUUCCGAGAUGGUUGGCGAUUGGGAUUUUCUUCCUCCUCCGGUGAAAGGGACUAGAGUUUCGGAAAAUGACAGAGGAGGAGCUUCCACGUCAACUGCUGCUGCUGGAAGAGGCAGGGUGCUGCCACCGUGGGCUGACCCGUCCUACGAAUGGGGUGGUGGCAAAUGGAAAGUGGACGGAAGAAAGAACAGGAAGAAUAAGAAGAAAGAGAAAGAGAGUGGUUUGAGCGUUGAGGAUGUGAUGAAGGAAUACUCUUCUCUACCUCCUCAAAUCGCUGAAUGGUAUUGGUGUAUCGAAUAUGUCGCCAAAUACGUCAAGGACCUUCGCUGCAUUCUCGACGUGAUGAACAUGGGUUAUCCCACCACAAAUGACUACGGGAGCAGGAUUAAUGAAAUCUUGUCUCUUCGAAUCUUGGAGUCCUUCUUUGAUCCUGCUGCUGCUGCUGCUGCCACGGUCGUCGUCGGGCCAAGAAUCGAGUUUGAUUUAUCUUUGAGCAGCACCCAUGUUCUCAAUGCCAUUCUCCAACAUGUUACAGUAUCAGAACUACGACCGGGCAUGCCUGAGCUUUCAAACUUCAAUCUUCUUCCUUUUUUUGAUCACAAGAAUAUGUCUUUGCCACCAUGUGCACUGGAAGUGCUGAGAGAUGUGACUGCAAUGGAGGAUCAAACAAAUGCAGCUCCUACCAUGGAAGCAAAUGACCCUGUCUUUAGAGACGAUCGAUCAGAGCACAGGAGGUAUGUAUGUGAGGAGCAAGUUCAUACUGGUUUUGAACAAACGAAUAUGAAGGACAAGGAUGAAGUAGUUGUCAUCGACCAUGAGGAUAGUCCUCCAGUGCAGAGAGACGAAGUAAUUGUGAUCGAUGGCGAUGGCACAACUGCUGAACAGCUCAUUAACAAGGAUAACGUAGUUGUCAUCGACGAUGAGGAUAGUCCUCCACUGCAGAGAGAUGGAUCAACUGCUGAAAAACUCAUUAACAAGGGUAAUACUACUAGGGAGACCUCUUCUCCAGGCUUGGACCUGCGUGUAAAAUGUACGAAAGAUGGAGCCUGGUUAAUCUCUGAGAGCGAUGAGGAGUCAGAUACGGUUAGAGAUCCACCCUCUUCAAGACCGGAGAACGUAUGCUGGAAAUGUGAAAGACAAGGAGGAGCGUCGUUGUUGAUAUGUAGCAGAAGCGAGUGUGCAGCAAAAGUUCACAAAGAAUGCUUGAAUUGUCCGGCUCACUUUGAUGAACACGACAACUUUCACUGUCCUAUGUGCUGGUAUGAUAGAGUCACUAUGGAGUACCGUGAAUCCCAGAAGUUGAUGAGUUGUGCAAAGAGAAGACUCGUCAAGUUUUUACCUCUGCUUUCUAGAGCAAGCAAGAGACUGAGAUGAUGAUGGGAGGUCUUGUUACAGCCUGUGACUAUUUUGUUAAAACUUUUGGGUAAUUACAUCAACUGGUGAGUAGUUAGACUGUUGAUGUAAAGAACUGUGAACGGUGAUGUUUUUUACUGUCAACUGGUAGUUUAUUAACCAAGGUCUAAACAAGUACAAAU